AUGAUUGAGAUUGAUCUUGCUGAAGUCAAGCAAGCAUUACGCAAGCUUCAAAGGCAAUUCAGAAAUCAAUUUGCGCCAGCAGUCAGUGUGGAAGAUCAAACUACAUUGCAACAAAGCAUUAUUGAGCAGAGUUCUCUUGAGCGCAUUGCCAAGUGUAUUCUUCACGAGCAGAACUGGAAGACGCGCUGCAAAGAAGUUCUACAAGGGCAGUCUUUGCCUCUGUUAGUCAAUCUUUCAGACUAUGUUUUGAAAGUAAAAAGACUGCAUCUCAAAACAUUAGAUCGCACAGUAAAGAAUGAUAUCAUUAACAAAGAUUAUCUCACAGUCUCAAAGAAUGGAAGAAUAUCCCAGAGAAAACAGAGAAUACUACAUGAUGCAUUUGGAGAGGUUGGCAAAGAAUGUUUCAAGAGUGACAACCAGAUGCACAAGAGAAGAAUGGCAGAGAAGAACAAAACACAGCAAGACUUAAGUGAUUAUUUGCUUUCUUCUCCUGAUAUGUCAGAAACUGGUUAUGUUGAGUUGUCCAUAAUAGCAGAUGUGCUGUCUGCUUCACUCACAGCAAGUGUUGAGCUUGCUUGCAAGAGAAGCCGAAGAUCAUAG